AGUGUGGCUAAAAGAAAAGAGAAGAAGAGACAGUCAUGUUGAUAUGAACAUUAGAGAAACACAUCAUGGAGCUGAAAUAUGAUCCUGCUUCCUCAUUUGGACUCAUUCACCUCAGCUGACACAUUCAACAGCAGACAGGUUUUUGUAGCAGUCUGUCUCACUGUGAGAGUGGCAAACAGAUACUACCCCAUCACUGGCUCUGGAACUAAACUGUUUGUAACAGAUGAGCAGGUAGUGAAGCCCGUGGUGAGCGUGUACCCAGCAGCAUCCAGAGCCCACCUGGAGGGGAACAGCUCCCUGCUGUGUGUGGCCUCAGCCAUGUUUCCUCCUCUGGUCCAGUUCUCCUGGAAAAGACAGAAGAAGAACGGCGGAGAAGCGGAGGAGCUGACCCCUGCUGAGGGAGAGCAGCUGGAGCUCAGAGAGUCGGGACGCAGCGCCUCCAUCUUACUGAUCAAUCAGCAGGACACCAACACAUAUAAAUACAGCUGCUGGGUGAAGCACGAGGGGGGCACAGUGGAGGCCCAAACACAACAAGGUAAUGAAGGCUUGGUGACUGUGUUCAGCAGUGAUUCAGCUUCAUGUGGAGAUGCUGUCAAAGAGAGCAGAGGAGCAGAGGACUGACAUUUCUCACUGCAGCUCCAAACAUUUGACUCCUUUUCUUUUU